ACCCAGGAGGGAGGGACCCGCUGAGGGACACGAGGGGGGCAGGAGCCGCGCAUUAGAUACUGGGCUAGGGAACCUCAGAGAGCGAGGUGCAGCGGGAGGAGGAAGGUGUGGAGGCCCAGGCCAGACCCUGAGCUCCCAGAGGCGGAGACGGAGGAAGCCUGGCCAGGGAUCCCCCGGGAGACCCCCAGGAGGGACAGGGCAGAGAGGGGCCUCCAGGAGCAGAAACCCAGGGAGGCAAAUCCCCCGGGAGACACUUCCCCGCCCCAGACGAGAGUGCUGCCCAGAGUGGGACGAGGAUUCAAGGUCAGAGGACAACGCCUCCCCCCAGGUCGCCUGGGAGACCCCGAAGCGACCCCGGGGGUGGCACAGGUCGUAUGCAGGCCUGGGAGACCUCUCCUAGGUUGGGGGCGAUGGGGACAGGAGCCCCGCAGAGCCUCCUCCUUCUCCUCCUCCUUCUCCUCCCAAUGCUGUCGCCACGCGGGGCCUCCGCGGGGAGCCUGCAUAGCCCAGGCCUGUCCGAGUGCUUCCAGGUGAAUGGCGCCGACUACCGUGGCCGCCAGAACCGCACAGGCCCGCUCGGGACCGGCCGCCCGUGCCUCUUCUGGGACCAGACGCAGCAGCACAGCUACAGCAGCGCCAGAGACCCCCAGGGUCGCUGGGGGCUGGGAGCGCACAGCUUCUGCAGGAACCCAGAUGGCGACGUGCAGCCGUGGUGCUACGUGGCCGAGACCGAGGAGGGCAUCUACUGGCGCUACUGCGACAUCCCCACCUGUCACAUGCCCGGCUACCUGGGCUGCUUCGUGGACUCGGGAGCCCCCCCGGCCCUCAGCGGCCCCAGUGGCACCUCUACGAAGCUCACGGUCCAGGUGUGCCUCCGCUUCUGCCGCAUGAAGGGCUACCAGCUGGCGGGUGUGGAAGCUGGCUACGCCUGCUUCUGUGGCUCCGAGAGCGACUUGGCUCGGGGUCGCCCAGCGCCGGCCACCGACUGUGACCAGAUCUGCUUCGGCCACCCCGGCCAGCUGUGCGGCGGCGAUGGGCGUCUGGGCGUCUACGAAGGUGAGGACUGGGCGAAACGUGGGCACGCGCAGGGCUUCGCGCUCACCUACCGAGGCGUGCAGGAUGCUUCGGAGAAUCCGGUGCUCCCCAAGGGCUUGGCCCAGACCCCUACAGUGCUUCCUGACGGGACUAAUGUGAGCUGCAGCCCCCGGCUUGGGGCUCCGGAAGCCACAAUGGGGGCCCGGGUCUUCUCGACAGUGAUGGCCAUCUCAGUGUUGCUGCUGCUGCUGCUGCUGCUGUUGCUACUGCUGUCGCUGCUACGCCUGCUGCGCCGACGGAGCUGUCUACUGGUUCCAGGAAAAGGGCCCCCACCCUUGAGGCCUUCCCAGGGCUCUGGGAGAAGUUGGGCUGUGUGGUACCGCCGACCUGGAGGGGUGGCACUGCCCUGCCCCCCUGGGGACUCCCAGGCUGAGGGGCUAGCCUCGACUUACCGCCCCCUGAGCGCCUCCAGCCAGAGUUCCCUGCGUUCGCUCAUCUCUGCUCUCUGACUCAGGACCCCCAGGGUCCAUUGGAUCCUCCAACAGUGUGAUGGACACCAGAGACUCCAUGCCGCGCUCUGCCUUGGCCUUCCAGUUUAAGGGCAGCUCUGCCUCUGUUCAUCUCUCAGAGGCCAGUCGUCGGACAGGAAGCAUCUGGUACUAUUAUUGGGAACUUGGCCUAACUCUGAGUGUCCAGAUGGUCCAGGCCAAAUGGCAAGAGGAAUCGGCUCCCCUCCUCAUAGACCUUGAUAAGGAGCUCUCCGACUUCAGGGUCUUGGAGCCCCUCUGGGGGUAGUCCUGGACUGCUGCCCUACGUGAAAUGUGAGAAGUCAACAAAAGUGGUCAAAAGACCAGACACAGACUUUGAAUAAAGGACCUAUUUUGGUAUAGG